AUGAGUUCGUUGGCAUCUUCACUUGGCACUUGCAAUCCCAGAAAGUUGAGAACACAAAACAUUUUGCUCCAGAGAGAUGUCACAACAUCAGAAACAUCAAGAGUCAAAAUCUUAAGCCAUCCACAGAGAAGAAGCUCAUCUUCUUCUUCUGGACAAGUACUGCAGCUAAAUGAGAACCCAAAUUUGCUUAAGAGAAGAGAAGCAAUUGGCUUUGGCUUCUGUCUUGGCCUUCUUGAUGUACUCUUGGCACCUCAACCCACUCAAGCAGCUGAAGGGGCCACUUGCGAGCUAACUGUAUCUCCCUCUGGCCUCGCUUUCUGUGACAAAGUUGUGGGAUAUGGCCCUGAGGCUGUUCAAGGACAGCUGAUUAGGGCACACUAUGUUGGGAAAUUGGAGAAUGGGAAGGUGUUUGAUAGCAGCUACAAUCGUGGGAAGCCCCUUACCUUUCGUGUUGGUGUUGGUGAGGUUAUCAAAGGGUGGGAUCAAGGUAUUCUAGGUGGUGAUGGAAUUCCUCCAAUGCUUGCUGGGGGAAAACGCACCUUGAAGCUUCCUCCAGAACUCGCGUACGGCGUAAGAGGAGCUGGAUGUAGAGGAGGCUCAUGCAUUAUUCCUCCAGAUUCAGUUCUUCUGUUUGAUGUGGAAUUCAUUGGCAAGGCAUGA